AUAUGUUCAGCACUCGCCAGAUGUCGCGUUUUCUCAGAUUUCCUGUCAGCUGGCAAGAUGGAGAAGCUUCACUUUCUUCUACUGAUUGGAACUUUCAUAGUAACAAAAGGCAAUUCACAAAAUGUUACAUCUUUCUCUGAUAACAAGAGCGAAUUCGCAUCCGAUAAAACGAGAGUUUCACUCUCUUGCGACUCUGAUGUUAUCUCAGUAAAUUUAAAUUUCACUAAACCUUUCCACGGAGUUGUCUAUGCUGGACCUCCCAAAAGUUCUUGCAGAUUGAGAGGAACUGGAGAUACAUUUUAUAUUCUUCGAGUGCCAUUAGAUGAUUGCGAAACCUGCGUAAAUCAUCAGUGUUCUUCGGGAACAUUCGUCAACACACUUCAUAUAAGAUAUCACCCAACUUUAGAGUUAGAAGGUGACGAAAUCAAGACAAUCAUCUGCAGAUUUCGAACAGGAACAAUUCGACUAGGAUAAAAAAUAUUUUUAUUAAAUACUUUUUUAAUUAUA